AUGGCAUCAAUAUCGAUUGAUUCUCUUGUUCAAGAAUGGCUUCGUUUAGAUAAGAAUCCUUCAACACGAAGUGAAAUUGAAAAACUUUACGCAGAGAGAAAUGUUGAUGAACUAGAAAAACGACUUCGUUAUCGAAUUUCGUUUGGUACUGCAGGAUUAAGAUCAAGUAUGCAAGCUGGAUUUUCAAGAAUGAAUGAUCUAAUUGUAAUUCAAACUUCACAGGGUCUUUGCAUGUAUCUUUUAGAUACAAUACCAUCCUCACCAACCAGAGGUGUUGUAAUAGGUCAUGAUCAUAGAUAUAACUCUGAAAGGUUUGCAAAAUUAAGUGCGGCAGUAUUUUUAUCCAAAGGAUUUAUAGUUUAUUAUUAUAGAGAAUUGGUUCAUACUCCAUUAGUGCCGUAUGGAGUAAAGAAAUUAAAUGCUGUCUGUGGAAUUAUGAUUACUGCUUCACAUAAUCCUAAACAAGAUAAUGGAUAUAAAGUUUAUUGGGAAAAUGCAUGUCAGAUUAUCCCGCCUCAUGACAAAGGGAUAGCAGAUGCAAUUUCAAAUAAUCUUGAACCUCAAAUAUGGGAUUCUGAACUAGUAAACAAUAAUUCACUUUGUAUUGAUAAGACCAAAGAAAUUUCAGAUUCUUAUUUUGAAGAAAUUAAAGAAUUGUCCCAUUAUAGGGAUGAUAAUGUCAAUUCAAAUAUAAAAAUAGUAUACACACCUAUGCAUGGAGUAGGAUAUCCGGUAGCUAAGAAUGCAUUUAAAGCAUUUUCAUUGAAUGAUUUUAUAGUUACGAAAGAACAGAUGAAUCCCGACCCUGAUUUUCCAACUGUUGCGUUUCCUAAUCCUGAAGAAGGAAAAGGAGCAUUGGCACUAUCUAUAAAAACAGCAAAUGAAGUUGGAGCACGAAUCAUAUUUGCAAAUGAUCCAGAUGCUGAUAGAUUUGCAGUUGCUGAAAAGGGAAAAAAUGAUGAAUGGGUAAUAUUUACUGGUAAUCAAAUUGGAGUUAUGUUGGCAUCAGUAAUAUUAGAAUAUUAUAAAGCUAAUGAUAAAUUAGCAAUGCUUUCAACAGCUGUUUCAUCCAAAAUGUUAUCAACAAUGGCAAAGAAAGAAGGUUUUUAUUUUGAAGAAACUUUAACAGGUUUUAAAUGGUUAGGUAAUGCAGCUAUUAAAUUAUCAAAAGAAGGUUACAAAGUAUUAUUCGCUUAUGAAGAAGCAAUCGGAUUUAUGAUUGGAGAAAUAGUUAGAGAUAAAGAUGGUAUAAGUGCUUUAGCUCUGUUUGGAGAGUUAGUUAUACAAUUGAAAAAGAGAGGAAUAGAAAUUAGAGAUUAUUUAGAAGAGUUAUAUCAAAAGUAUGGAUACUUUGUAUCAGACAAUUCAUAUUUUAUUUGUAAUUCUCCAGUUACAAUUGAUACAAUAUUUAAUAAAAUAAGAUUUGGAGACAAUCCAAUUAAAUCCUCUGAUCCAGAUUAUCCUUAUCCAUAUCUAAUUUCAUAUCCGGAAAAUAUUGGUGGAUCAGAUCGUGAAGAAGUAAUGAAAGAAUUGAAGAAAAUAAUUGAAGGCGUUGCAAAUGAAUUAUUGGAACCCCAAAAGUAUGGAUUAGGAUAUAGAUUGAAUGAUUGA